GAGGACGGGGGUGUGUGGUGGUGUUGGUGAUGGCACAUCGUGUCAAUGGAGGUGUGGUACCUGCCAAGUCUGCCGAACUCAUCAUCAACCGCCUCUCAGAGAACACAACGCUCAUCAUGACCAGCCUUAAAAAAGCACGAGCUCAUCUCACGGCCGUCGACGGCAUCCUCCCCGAUUUGCGAUGGGAAUGAAUGUAUGUAUGUACAUACGCAUGUACGUGUGUCCGUGUACCCCCUACAUACCUCCCCUAUCCUAUCGUGGGCGUCUUCACAUGACUCUCCAAACAAUCCUCUCCCACGUGGCACAAACAGCAAAGACGCGCCAGCUCCCAGCAACAACAAGAAACCGAAAGAAAGGGAAAAGACGCCCUCCCGGCCGCAAGUCAGCCCAUCUCGGGACCGGACCAGCCAUGCCCGGGGGCAGGCAAGGCCAGACAAGACACAAGACAGACAGCCGGACCGGCCGAGAACAAACAACAAGCCCGACGACCGUCGGCACCACCGCCCUCCCCGCCUUCCCCAGCCCGCCCCAUCCAUCCCGCCCGCCCAGGCGCCUCGUCUUUGUUCCAAUCUUAAGUCGUCGAGUCGAAUCGAGGGAGAGCAAGCAACCCGAGUACGACGGGCGAGGAAAGGGAUAACUAAGCCCCUCCGUUGUAGAUCUGGAGAGGGAGAGAUGACGCGGGAGGGAUGGUGUUGGUCGGCAGCUCGGUACCUAUUGAAGCCGGUCCCCGGAUCUCCACAAUUCCUCAGUUCAGUUCAUCGUGGGCAGAGACUCGAACUUCUGUUCAGACAAACAUCGCAAGGGUGGUUAGGUUGGGUGGUUGGUACAUGGACAGAGCGCACUUUCGGAACCUCCCAAGAAAACGGCUCGCCAUCAUGUCACUCAAGGAAUGUCAAGUGUUUUUAAAUAACGUUUUGGAUUGUUUUGGCUGUCUUUUUGAUGACUUUUUGAAAUUUUUAGCUUUGCGACGAUGACGUCCAAGCAGACAGGCAGC